AUGAGCACAAUUUUCACCGCUACCGCCCAGCUCCUGGGGUGGUCGCUCUGUUUUGUCUUGACCACCAUCGCCACGCUCGCCUUCUACAGGGUGUAUCUGCAUCCUUUGGCGGGGUUACCAGGGCCGAAGUUCGCGGCGGUCUCGAAUGUUUGGUUGGCAAGGUGGGUGGUGAAGGGACGGGUGAGGGAGCUGACCAAGUGGUUGCAUCAGACAUAUGGGCCUGUCGUGAGGGUUGGGCCGGGGGAGGUGUGGGUUUGUGGGGUGGGGGGGUUCAAAGAGAUUUAUGGUAGGUACUGGGUACUCAUCUGUUGGGGUAUGGUGAUUGGGAUGCUGAUUUGGGGGGUGGCGACGGCGUUGAAUAAACCGGCUUCGGUAAACCAGUGGAAGUUGGGGCUUGUGUGGCCGGAUACGUUGGAUUUGCUGUCGGAGUUUGAUGGGAAGAGGUAUCGGUUGCAGAGGAGGUUGAUUGGGCCGGUGUAUACUGCCAGUAAUGUUAAAAGGUUUGAGGGGGCGGUUGAUGGGGUUGUUGCUGCUGCUGUUGCGAGGCUGAAGGUCAUCGAAGGCUGUGGAGGGGGCGCGGGAACGGUUGACUUGAAGGAGUGGAUGCAUAUCAUUGCUGUUGAGUGCUUGGGGGCGGUGGUGCUGGGGUGGUCGCCGGGGUAUAUCAAGAGUGGGAGUGAUGGGGGGACGAGUAAGCAGAGCUAUAUGGGAUGGAAAAGGAAGAGCCUUUUUGGGUUGUUUCCUGCUGUGACAAAGGUGUCGCUGUUGGACUCUGGGAUGGGGAAAAGGGUUGGGAAGUGGUUAGGGAGGUUUUGGGCAGAUGCUUGGGGAGUUACCUUUGCGACGCCGAAGGGGUUCAAACCUUUCUUCACGGUGUCGAAACGAAUCACCGCCGCUCUGGCCCCUUCACAAAGCGCAAAAGCUAAAGUGAAGAAAAACAAAUCACCGGAAGUGAAAGAGGACCUGCUCACCGACUUGAUACAGCUUCACCUCUCCCGGCCUGACGAAUUUACUGACAACUACCUCCGGCGGAUGGCAGUCACGAAUUUCGGCGCGGGACACGAGACGUUGUGCGCUACACUGACCUCGGUUCUUGCCAUGAUUGGCUCGCAUGCUGAAGUCGAGGCACGAUGUUUUGCAGAGAUUAGCAGCUGUCUGCAGGGUGGGCCACACAAGAGACGAUAUGAUUUGGAAGAUGUUACGAAACUGAGAUACACCCAAGCCGCCAUCAAGGAAGCGCAGAGGCUGUGGCCGGUGAUAGGCAUGAGCUUGUCCCGAACAGUUCCGGAGGAUGGAUGUGUAAUAGGGGGAUAUGCCAUUCCAGCAGGCACAACUGUGGGCUGUAGUCCGCUUGGGCUACAUGCGUUCAAUGAAGAUGUGUUUGGGGUGGAUGGGUUAGAGUACAGACCAGAAAGGUGGCUGAUUGAGGACCUGGAAAGAUUAAGAGCGAUGGAGAGAAGUAACUUAAUAUGGGGUGGGGGAGGCAGGACGUGUCCAGGGAGGUAUUUGGCUGAGAUGAUUGUCUUCAAAGUGGUCACUGCGCUGCUGGCGGAGUUUCGAGUCGAAGUUGUCGAGAUGCCGGAAGAAGGAAACAUGGAGUGCUACUUUAUGGCGAUGAUGUCUGGCGUGGUGGUAAGACUCAGAGAGAGGUCUCGAUAA